AUGGCUAGGUGUGUUAACUUGAGCACUCUUCAAAUGUUUGGGAUGAAAAGCCAUGAUUGUCAUGUUAUGAUGCAACGGAUCUUGCCUGUAGCAUUUAAGGAACUUCUUCCAAACAAUGUGUGGAAGGCAAUAACUGAUCUUUGUCUUUUCUUUAAAGAAUUGACAUCUCCCAACAUUCAAGUUGACAAUCUCCGGCAAAUGCAGCAAAACAUUCCAGUAAUUCUAUGUAAACUGGAGCGAAUUUUUCCACCAAGUUUUUUUGACUCCAUGGAACACCUUUCAAUACAUUUAGUAGAUGAAGCAAUGAUAGCAGGGCCCGUUCAAUAUAGAUGGAUGUAUCCAUUUGAAAGGUAUCUGGGAAAGUUGAAAAAAACUGUGAAAAAUAAAGCCAAGGUAGAGGGAUCAAUGACAAAUGCCUACCUUGUUGAAGAAGCCACUGCAUUUUGUUCUUAUUACUUCGAAGAACAUGUAAGAACAAAGCAGCGGAACGUUCCUCGUAACUUUGCCGGUAGUUCAUCAUCAGGUGGUAUGGAAGAACACCAUGAUACGUUGUUUGUUUUCAAGAAUGUCGGUAGAGGGUUUGGAAAAAAGUCAACAAGAUUUUUAAGCAAGGAUGAGUAUGAUGCUGCACAUUUGUAUGUCUUAAACAAUUGUUCAGAGAUAACAGAAAUUUACACACGAUUGUUUGUUGAUGAAAUCAAUGCCAAGUACCCAAACAUUUCACCGAAUCAACUUCAAAUCAAGCUCAAUAAGGAGUUUCCCGAUUGGUUCAAGUUAUAUGUUGCAGAUCCAAAUAAUCGAGUGGAGAACUCUGACUUGAAGAGUUUGUCUUUAAAACCAUUUCAAAGAGUCACUUCUUUUCAAGGAUUUUAUGUGAAUGGUUUUAAAUUUCACACGAUCGAAUACGGAUCAAAGAAAUCAACCUACAAUAGUGGAUUGUGUGUAAAAGGUUUGGAGUUGGAUUAUUAUGGACGUUUGGUUGAAGUAGUGGUGCUUGAGUAUUCUGGUGUACCAACUAAAACGAUCACACUUUUCAAGUGUGAGUGGUUUGACCCCAGACCAUCAGGGACGUUAGUUGAUCGUGACUUCAAAUUGGUUUCAAUUAACCAACGUCGUCGAUAUGACAACUAUGAACCAUUCAUCCUAUCAACUCAAGCUUCUCAAGUAUUUUACUGCACAUAUCCAAGUAAAAAUCAAAGUAGGAAAGAUUGGUUGGCAGCUUGUAAGGUGAAGGCAAGACCACUUGUAGAAGUAUCAACUAUUCAAAAUAUUCCUAUCGAUCCUACUCCUUUUCAAGAAGAGCUUGUUGGUAGAACCCCUCACACGACAAUUGAUGAUGAUACAAUGCCAAUUCAUCCAGAUGGUGCUUUGGUAUAUCUAGUAGAUGAGGAUGAUGAAGAAGAUGUUGACACCAAUGAAUAUGUCUUAGAAACAUCUGACUCUACAAAUAAUGAUUCAGAUGAUAGCGAAUAAAACACGUGCUUGUGUUUUAUUUUAGGCAUGGUGUUUUUUCUACCUUUGAUCUUUGAAAUUCAGGUGGAGAUUGAGAGUCGCAUUCAAGAUAUUCAAGCCACUCAAGGUAGGGAUCCGACACCAGAAGAGGUACACGCCAUCUUUAAGGAGGUGGUGAAGAGGGACACGAAAGGCCGUGUGCUCGGGAUGGGAAUGAUGACACAGAUGGUGUCUAGUGGAUCUAGUACUCAGUCCACUAAC